AAUUGUCUCUCGAACGGAAAAAUGUUCUUUAACAAAAACUUUUUUUGCUGUUUACUGUUUUUGUUUGUAUUUUGCAUAGAGCAAAUGCAGACUCUAUCAAGAAUUGACGAUGAGGUUCCCACAAAAAAGGUCGAAAGAAAACUAUCACGCAAAAAGAGGUAUCUCAUCUUUCCUGUCGGCAGUUCAAUACAAUUAGUCUAUGAUCAGACAAUCACAAUUCCAGAUUACACGCUUUACGUGACGACAGGUAUCACGGUUGCAUUAGCUUACGGUUUGCCGGAUAAACCAACAUAUCCUGAACAGGAGCUAAUGGAACAAUACGAAAAUGGAAAAUUGCCAUUACUAUUACGCAAGGAGGAUAAAAAUGUCACCGAUUUAAAUAGAAAAGGGGAAAUUAAAGCAUCCACCGCAUCAUCGAACAUUGUAAAUAAACCAAACGAUUCGAGUUACUCAAAUCACCAUUACAACGGAAAUGAUGUUAUGAAUCGAAUUGCAAAUUAUUAUAAAUAUCUACAGCGUCGGAAGCCUGAUUCAUACUAUUUCGGAAAUUCGCCAUUGAACCCAGCGAAUUUCAACAAAAAUACCUAUUGCAACACUCGCAAUUGUUCAUAUAAUACAAAUUCCAACUAUUAUUACUCAAAUGUGAAAGAUUAUAAUCGCAAUAGCGAUUACAAUUCAAUGUACAAUGUUCGACCCCCAUAUUCAAGCACAUAUGGUGGUGCUGAUCAAUACAAUGCAUUUGCGAAAUAUUUGAACAAUACAUAUUUUCAACCAUGGCUCAAAUCUGCCACUCAAAUGAAAACCACCACAAUACAACCACCAAAGGCGACCUCGGUAACGGUGAAUAGUACGAAAUCAACAAAAAACCCGGAUUUGAAGCCCGUUAUAAACAAAUUGCAUACGGUUUAUGUGGCAAUGGGAAAACGAAGUGUACGAGAUGCAUCGCUUAGUUUUGAGGAAAAGUUUUAUCUGGAUCAUCAUCGAAAUACACGUCAUAAACUAUACGAAAUGAUCGAAAAAUAUCUUUUUGCCAAAGGGUAUAAUGGAACGGAAUGUGUGUUGAAAACAUUAUGUGAAGUUGGACAAAAGCGUCACGAAACCGAGCCAGGUUCAUUUUUGGCGGAAAUUGUUCGUGUUGUAUUCAGUUUGCCGGUGGCUCAACUACAGCGUGUUGUUCAUAAGCGCCACAUUGAUUACGAUGAUGCACAUCAAACGACUGUUGAUUGUGUCGCCAAAUAUUCGUUAUGUCCGGAUAGCAUUUGGAACGCUGAAGUUAUUAUGGCACGAAAGCAUUCGCAGCUCUCGACAUUAUGUCAUUCAAGUUUGGUUGUUGUUUUUGUCGGCUUUCCGGCUCGUAAAUUAAUUAUUUUCAUGUUGAUGCAUUUGGUAUUGUCACCAUUUAUAUUAAUUACUACGGCCGACACUUUAAAUGGAAGCAGCAACAACAACAACAAUCAAGCAUCUGUGCCGGAUUCGGUUGCCAAACAACAAUUUGGUUCCGCAUUGAAUGUAAAUGCAAAAUUAAAUUGUGUCAAGACGAAAUGCACGCUUGACGGCUCCUUGACGGAUGCCAUCCAGACGAAUGCAGACCAAAGAAAAAGUGCAAACGGAAAUUCAAUUUUGAAGCAAAGUAAUAUCACCGAACACGAAGAACAGCCAUAUGAUGUCGAUUUAUCUACGACGGAAAAUGCAUCAAUACAUAAUCAAUCACGGCAAACAAACCCUUCAAGCGAAUCACAACGGACGAAGCGUGACGAUAGAACUUUUAAUAAAGACGGCGAACGAGUGCUGUCAAGGAAACGCAGAUAUUUGAUCUUUCCUCCCGGGUCUUCCAUGCAAAUCGUUUACGAUACAUAUCACCCGAUUGUUGGGUACAGCAACUACCUUACUCUCGGAAUUACGGCUGCGAUGGCCUGGGAGCUGCCAUCGGAACCGAUUUAUUUGGACGAACAGCUACGUGAUCAAUAUGAAAUGGGCGAAUUACCAUUGCUUCAUCGAAAUGAUAAAAAUGUGACAAAUGUACAAUAUGUGCUUCCGUCGAAAAAGAAUGCUGCCGAUGCAAAUCAUAUCAAUUACUAUACAAAUAUUCCGAAAGAAAAAUUUACAAACGAUAAAAACCAAUACCAAUCACCGUCCAAGUCGUACUAUCAAUCCGGAUACAAACCAUCAUCGUAUAUGGCACAAGCAGCCAAUGCACAAUCCAAUUCAAAUAAAAUCCAACAAUAUAUUUCAUAUGCCGAUAGUUUGAUGAAACAAUUUAAAAAAAUCACUGAAAAAAUUCCACAAAAUCGACCAUUGAGCACAAAAGAUUUUCAGGAAUUUACUAACAUUCUAUCCGAAAAUGUAAAGGCCAAUCGGAAAGUUGAUUCAAACUAUCAGAGACGAACAAACUACGCCCACAUUAUUCAUCCAGCUUUUAAAAAGCGUAGCAUCGAUGAGCUGACACCAUUGGAGAAAUUCGAUUUAAACUUACAUCGGAAUUCACGACAUGCAUUGUAUAAGCAAAUCAAUACAUUUCUUAAAACGCAAGGCAGUAAGGGCGAUCAGUGUGUUUUAAAGAUGUUAUGCGAAACGGGACAACGCAAACAUAAUGUGGAGCCUGAAAGCAUGGUCGUCGAAUUACUUCGAACCGUUUUUACUUUACCAGAACCACUCGAGCCGACCACUCAUCCCAUGCAUGGCAAAUAUGAUGAAGCUCACGCUUCAACAGAAAAUUGUCAACAACUAUAUCCCGACUGUAAAGAAAGCGUUUGGAAUUCAAAAUAUAAGUAAUGACU